UUCGCGGCCCCCGGCGUCCGCUUCGCCGGUCUUGAGGCGGCCUCCGGGCCCGCGGACAGCGGCUGCGGGGAGGAGGCGGCGGGCCGGGGAGGAGCGGCGGACCUCAUCUCGUCCUCGGCGGCGCCCGGGCGGGCGGAGGCCCGUGGCCAUGGACGACAGCAAGGUGGUAGGUGGCAAAGUGAAGAAGCCAGGCAAGCGGGGCCGGAAGCCAGCCAAAAUUGACCUGAAAGCCAAACUGGAGAGGAGCCGACAGAGUGCCCGGGAGUGCCGUGCCCGGAAGAAGCUCAGAUACCAAUACCUGGAGGAGCUGGUGUCCAGCCGAGAGCGGGCCAUAUGUGCCCUCCGAGAGGAGCUGGACAUGUACAAACAGUGGUGCGUGGCCAUGGACCAAGGAAAAAUCCCUUCUGAGAUCAAGGCCUUGCUCACUGCAGAAGAGCAGAGCAAAUCUCAGCAGAGCACCAGCAGGCUCGGCAAGACCGGCAAGGCAGACGCGGCCAGCAAUUCCUGGUGAAGGUCUGUGAGGAGAUCUGAUCGCCACCCCAGGCCUUGGGUCCGACUCUGAGAGUGUGCGGCAUCUGCCAGUUGUGCAAGCGAGCGUGGAUCACAGAUCAGAGCGUAGAGUUUCUGCUCUAACCCCACCAUGCCCACCAUGUUCAAGUGUGGCGAUGCUCGAACACCAGGAAUAGAAAACGGGUGAAGACUGGGCCUUGGUACCUGCACUCCAUAUGGCUUCUUUGGUUAAUUGAUGUUCUUUCCAUGUAAUUGUGUGCAUGGGCACAGUGCGUGCAUGUGUAUGUACAUGUGUGUGCAAGUUUGGGUGUCACCUCCUCUCCCUUUGGUCACCCCACGAAGAGAAACCAAACAGGCUGAUGACGGACUAGGUGCUGGGUCUUUACGUUGACUUGAGUCACAUGUAUUUCUGGCUCCUGUCAGCCGUUCCAACGUAAGCAUUAGUGAAUCUACAGUCUCUGUUGUCACAAUCUACACCUGUGCUCCACAAUGCACAUAUCAGCAAAACCCACCGAGGAGGCCCCGUGGCAGCCCCCAUCUGGGCAACUGCUGUCUUCCCAGCUAUACUUAACGAUUUUGCCGCGGCCACGUGGACACAUGGAGAGUAGUGAUCACAUUUGAUUUUUAACCAAAGCAGCUAUCAGUCACCCACAGUGUGUAUGUGUGUGUGACCGUCUGUGUCCAGAGGACUGGCCUGCUUGUGUUCUCAGUUCAGUGAGAACUUUCUGAAGAAGAUGGAGAAGCAGAUGUUGAGACUGAAUCUUGCUAUCUGGGGCAGAGCCAGGCUGUGUUCCUCUCCCCUCUUCUCCCCUCCCUUCCCCUCCUGCAGGCACUGGAAGAAGCAGACUCAGCCUGGCCCGUCCUGUGCACAGUCCACACUCAGAUCACUGGUGAGCGCGGCCAGCAGGUCCAGUUUCUGCGUUGCGUUCGCAGGAGAUUCAUGUCUUCCUAGGGCCGUGCUGGAGACAGAAUGGAGAUGGCUGACCGUGCUCAAGGAUGCGGCUGCUGAUUUAAAGGUGGCUUCGGAUUGUCCACUGGUCAACUGUGGUCUGUUCUUGUUCCUCUGUGCUGGAUUUAGUCCCUUUUGAUAGCCCGGAGUCCUUUCAAAGCAAACAUUCCAAAGUGAGCGUCGAGGAGCCUCUGUCUGGUGGUCCCUGUGCCUGGUGCAUGAUUUAUUUGACUUUUUCCACUUGGUAUUUUGGACCUGAUCAGACCAAGAGACUCUCCUGGGCUUGAAAAAAGAGUUCCGAUUGCCAUGGGAAUGGUGCUGGCCGCGCACUUUGGCAGCCUGGAAGCAUGUGCUCCCUUUGAUCGAAGCCAUGGGCCCUGCCUCCUCCUUCAUCCUUCCCCUUCUUCCUUCCCUCCCUCCUUCCCCUCCCCACUUCUCCCUUCCUCUCUCUGUGCAGGGCAUGUGAGGGGCUGCCCCUGCUUGUCCACUGGGGCUGACCCCCACUGAGCACAGCCCCCAUCCCGCUCCAUAGAGAAAGGCACGGAAGUGGGGAGCCGUGGUGUGUAUCCCAGAGACCUGCCAGAAUUUCAGCAUCGGCUCGCCAGCGUGGACCAGCAGGGAGUGCAGCCCCCCAGGCUGGGCCAGGGCGUAGGGCCCAGGUGGAGUCAGAAAUCUCUCUCUCCUGUCUAAAUCACAACUAUCACUGUUUGCCAACUAAUUGACUAAACUCAGCAUCACCAGUUAGCAUUUUAUUUUAUCCUAUCAUCUUUGAAUUAUGAUAGAUUCGAUUUGGCUAAUUACAGAAAGUAUAGGUUUAAACUGGACUUAACCUCUAGUUAAAGGCAAAUAAAACUUAAAAACAUAAGUGCUGUAUUUCACAAAUCAGCUGCGUAAUAUCAAUUACCUCUUUAGUUCUCAAAGGACGACGACGACGAUUAAGCCACAUGGUAUUUGGGGCAUUGAAGGAUUUUUCUUUUCCUGAAGAGCAUUGUACAAUUAUAUUUUUAUGAGAAGUAAAGUAUCUUCGCCAGAAACAUG